UGGGGACCUGGUGGAGAGGUUUAAAUAGGAGAGGAGGCACGACUCUCUGCCGCUUUUCCCUGCCAGAGAACCAGAGACACACAGACAGACAGAGGAGGGAGAAGGUGAGGAAGCAGCAAGGGGGAGAGAGACGCCUGGUGUGCCUGGUCCGGGACGCUCAGAGCCGCGGGGGGAGCCGAGGUUAGGGUGAUCUGACAUCCCAACAACUUGAGCAGAGAACCGACUGUUCUCUAACUCAUGUUGCCAGGUUUUCUUUAGACAAUCUGGAGUUGAACAAGCUCUAAGAAAGUUGCCUUGUGGACACUUUGAUUCAAAGUCUAGAGAACAGAGAAGAUAAGAAGACCCUGAGCAUUUGUUUUGGGCAUCUCUGACUGUACUCCAAGGGAUAUAUAUAUGGAGGUGCGUGUUUCCUCUGGAUGAAGAGGUUUGAUCCGCGGCGUGUGACGUUCUCCUCCAUCCUCCACCUUCACCGCUGCCUGCUGUCUCCAUCUUCCAUUCAUUCAGAGGAUGAAUAACUUGCGGAACGCGGUAUACAAAUGCUCUCCGUACAGCCGGACACCAAGCCAAAAGGCUGUGCCGGCUGCAACCGGAAGAUCAAGGACCGCUACCUGCUGAAGGCCCUCGAUAAGUACUGGCAUGAGGACUGCCUCAAGUGUGCCUGCUGUGACUGCAGGUUGGGCGAGGUGGGCUCCACGCUCUAUACCAAAGCCAACCUCAUCCUGUGCCGGAGAGACUACCUACGGUUGUUUGGUGUAACGGGAAACUGCGCAGCUUGCAGCAAGCUAAUUCCAGCCUUCGAGAUGGUCAUGAGGGCCAAAGAGAACGUCUACCACCUGGACUGCUUCGCAUGCCAGCUCUGCAAUCAGAGGUUUUGUGUGGGAGACAAGUUUUUCCUGAAGAACAACAUGAUCCUGUGCCAGACAGACUACGAGGAGGGGCUGAUGAAGGAGGGCUACGCUCCCCAGGUCCGUUGACCCUUAUAGGCCAACAAGGAGGAAGAGGAGGAGUGGGAGAAAGAGAGAGACUGAAGGAGAGCUUGUAAUCACGCAACAAAAAGCACUAUUGCCUCCUGUCCAGUUUCUGUCCCCCACAUGUACAUAACUAAGCAAGCCUCCCUGGGAGGGGACACACUGCUGUACAGAAUAGCCAUAGAGACACCAGUGUGGCAGGGAAAGGCCCUGGAAGCCUACAACAAACUAAAAGUAUGAAAAAAUUGUUUGUCCAUUUCUUUGUUUAUGACUUACGGAUGUUGCCUCUUUCCUCCUGGCCACCAAACACCUGCCUCAGAGCAAUUUCUAACCAACAGCUGAUCCCGGUGGUUGGGAAUAAAAUUCAUUAACCCACCCAAAAGCAGUUUUGCCUCACCUUAUCUGACACGGACAGACAGCGUCCCACCUGACUGCACAGUCCUACAACUUCUACUUGAAUCUAAAAUACACUGAGGUAUUGUCAAUCAAUUUUGAGAUAAAGACCUUUUUACUGUAUGAUAUCAGAUUCAAAACACACUGAAUGUAAACUGAAGAGCAGCAAAAAUAAUGCUAAUGCUGAUUUGUUGCUAUAUGUGUAUGUGUGUGUGUGUGUGUGUGUGUGUCUUUGAGCAUGUGGAUCCCUUCAGGUUGAGGACUUCAGUCUUGCAGUCUCGUGAGGUUUGGUUUGGUCCAUAUAGUCCUUUCAAAACCUUCAGAUUCCAAAAUUGAUCAUAAGAGUAUCGCCAUGCUUCCAAAUCGCACAGCUGCAUUGUCUAAAUGGCAAAGACUCAGAGUUUGUGAAAUAAGUGCUUUUCUCUGGAUGGAUGCAAUCUCUCACACAAUCACUACCUAAAUAUAUUUGGGACCUAUGUCUAUGUCUCUAAAGGACCAUAGAGCCAUUGUACUGUUGACCCUUGAAGAUUAGCAUCACAAAGGUCUUCUUUUCUGGUAGCACCAUUUCAGAAUCAACAAGUAAAAGUGUGAUUGGCUUUUUUGAAUGUCAAUGAAAAUACCUUUUCUGGUCAAAGUCAGCAAUUUUGAAUACAUUAAAGCUGCACUAAUCAGUAUUUGUUUUUAUAUUAACAAUGGAGAAAAUUACUACUUUUAAUGUGAAAGACAUCUCUGAUAGUGAUGAAGCCACAGAGAAUUGUCACCUGACCAGCAAUCAAAGUUAGCAACUAGUUGGUGAGGAAAGUGAAGCAUUUAGCAGCUAUAUAGCCAGAUCUUUUUCACAGGAGUUGGUGGAGACCGUGCCAGAGAUAAAAGGAGAGUGAACAUUGGACUAUUGGACUUCCAUUCAUCAGGUGGACACAAACAGAACUCCAGAGAGAUGCUAAUGUUGCUCUCUGUCUGCUGGAUGUGUAAAUACGCAACUGAUUGCUAACAUGUUAGAUAACAACUUUAUAACGAGAUAAUACAGUAUGUCAGAUGUUGUGUUUUCAGCUUGUUCUACUGCCCUCAAGUGGCCAAAAAAACUGUUAAAGCAGCUUUAAACUUUAUGGACUAGACUUUAUGCUUGUAGACAAACACCUGGGUGUGCAAGACUAUCUUUUAUGGGGUGAGAAGAGUCAGUUCCAUUCCUGAAAUGCAUUCCAUCAGAGCAGCAGCAGUAUUUGGUCAGCCUGGGUUUGUACUGUGACUCCAGGCUCUGUUCUUGUGAAGUAAGGCUGUGUAUUUUUUGCUGGAGACAGUCUUUCUAUUUAUUAAAACCUUGCAUUCACACUGGUCAAACUGUAAUGUGGGUAAAUGCUCGUGGAGGCAGGUUGUUGUAGUGGUUGUAGGGGUGUGAGGAUCAGUCAGGGAUGGUGGGGGUUGGUUACAUUUUGUGCACUAUUUAUUUGAUAAGCAUUCAAUACAUCACCUGUUGUCCAAAAUCUGACAUGCAUUGUUUGACAUGCUGAUACUUAAACCCAAUCAAUGUUUUCUCAAUCACUGUUUAGCUUAUGUUGAUUCAUUUUCAACACAGCUUUGGGUUAAGUUAAUUGCACUCUGCAGCAGGUCAGUCACCUCAAGACCCGGUCAUCUCAGUCAUGAUGGCUCCCUUCUGCAGAGGAGUUAGGUCCUUUUCUGCUUAGAAGAAAACAAACCAUUAAUCUUUCAGUAUUAAAUAUCAGCUUCUGAGCAUGUGCAACAGCGCUCAGCAACAUUUCUUAGCUGGAAAAUAACAAUCCCUUCUUUAAUUUGUAAAUUGUGGGUGUACAUAAAAGAAAUAUUCAUUUUUGCUUGCUAUUGUACAAUGAUUUCUUUUUAUGUGUCAUCCAGCAUGAGAUGUUUAUUUUUAGGACAACGCUUGUAAAUACUGUAAUUGUAAUAAUUUUAAGCACAAAUGUAAUACAGUUUUAUUGUGUUACCAGUGA